GCCUGCCCCUGUUUCAUUUCCACAUCAGCGGUGACGGUUGGCGGAGUGUGGAGGUGCCCAAGCCAAAUUGGAGAUGCUCGUCAAACCUAUUGGAAGGAUCUUUGUGGCUCUUGGUGUAAUCCUUUUUCUGGGAUGCCCAGGACAAGGAGCUCCUCAAAAAAGCCGGUACCUGUGGGUCCGAUGUAAACCUGAUGCCAAUUAUGCCAACUGCAUUGAAGAAAAGGGGCCAAGUUUUGUCACGCCGGAUGAGAAUGCAAAGAACCUCUUUGAGGCAAACCCCACACGAGAGAUACUUCAAGACCAACCCAGUACUUUGCCAUUUUCUGGAGAUGAAGAAGGAUCUGGCAAUGAAGUUGAUCCCGAGACAGGAUCGGGCUUCGAGUAUGAUCUGGAAGAGCCCGAUGGGUCUGACUUUGUGAACCAACCACAUGAGACUCUGAAGCUUACGCUACCAAAUGAAGACUUAUUACCCCAUGAAAACACACUGUGAUUUCUAUUAUGGCUCAAUGUGAUCUUUCUUUUUACAUUAUCAUAGGUUUUGAUGAAAUGUAUACCCUGGACCAGGCAUAUAUGUUAUAACAAUAUUACAGCUAGCCAUGUAUAUCUUAAAAUGUCUAGUGCUUUUCUUUGAUAAAAUCUAUUGUUUGUAAGCUGAAAAACAGAAGCAAAAACAAAACAAAACAGUUAAACUAAAUUCAAAAUAAUCAUGCAAGAAUCAAUCAUACUAAGAUCGGGGUAUGCAAACUUGGCUCUUUUAAAACUUGUGGACUUCAACUCCCAGAGUUCUGGGAGUUGAAGUCCACAAGUCUUAAAAGAGCCAAGUUUGCAGACCUCUGUACUAAGAGAUGGAAUGCUAGACAAACUCUUUUCAUGUCAGCAUCUCAUUUCUUUGGUUAUACAGGUAGUCCUCAACUUACAACCAUUGGUUUAAUGACCGUUCAAAGUUACAAUGGCCCUGAAAAAUGGGGAUGAUGACGAAGUUUUUACACUUACGACCACUGCAGCAUCCCCCUGGUGACGUGAUCAAAAUUUGGACACUUGGCAACUGGCAUGUAUUUAUGACAAUUGCGCUGUUCCAGGAUCAUGUGAUCACUUUUUGCGACAUUCUGACAAGCAAAAGUCAACGGGGAAACCAGAUUCAUGGAACGACGUUACUAACUUAACAAGUGUAGUGAUUCACUUAACAACUGUGGCAAGAAAGGUCAUAAAAUGGGACACGGUUCACGUAAUGACUGCCUUGCUUAGCAAUGGAAAUUUAUGACUCAACUGUGUAAGUCGAGGACUACCUAUAACGUAGAAAUAGAUCAGUUCCCAGGGUAAAUAAACAGGAAGGUGCCACAUGGUUUUGGAACAUUUUGAGACUUUUUGUGUGUGUGCAAGAAACUUGCCAAAAGCAAUGCAAGAACUUACUUACGUACUAUCUCUAGAAAUACGAACGGACAUAAAAAAAAAACACGGUGUUUCUGGGUUUUUCCCCCCACCCCCUAUAUAGGGGAUGUUCCAAAUUUUCCCAACUCUUAACUUUUCCAAAGAGAAGCACCUUUCUCAUUUCUACUAUUAAAGGUAGCUUUCUAAUCUGGGUGGAUAUGGUGCCGUCAAAAUAAUUUUCAAAAAAAUAAGCAGGAAAUAAGCAGGAUUUGGGGUGCUUGCAUUGCUUUUAAGAAAGAGAGAAGCAGCAGCUUUCUAAUUUACAAAACAAUAGCAUUGCCUUCCUUCAAAAGUUGUUGCUUGCAAAUGUACUAAAGAACCACAUGGCUUUAAAAUGCAUUCAUUCCUUGGGCUGUUUUGUUACAUUGUAAACUGCCCUUACGUUUACAAAUUUGAUGUAUUUUAUAUUUUAUUUCUUCAAUGCAGACAUAGUGCUUGUUUUGCAACCCUUUCAAGCCGCUUGAUAAGCAUUUUCUUAUGCCCGCAAUUAUUCAGCUAUCUUUCCAUUAAAAUCUAAUGCAACUAA